GAGCUGCACGGUAAAGACAGUGCGCGUUAGAGACAGCUCAGGGAAGUGACUGCAGGAGUCAAUGUAGGGCUUUUAGACCGAAGAGGGUCGUUUUAUUUUAAUUUAUUUUAAGCAGCCACCGGAAAUAAACCAAAGCUAAUCCCCGCGAUGCUGUGCCAUGUAACGCGGCCGGACUCGGUGGUGAUGGAGGUGGAAGUUGAUGCCAAGGCGAAUGGAGAGGAUUGUUUAAAUAAGGUAUGUAGAAAGUUAGGAAUUAUCGAGGUGGACUAUUUUGGCCUCCAGUUCUCCGGCGGUAAAGGAGAGAACCUGUGGCUGAACCUGAGGAACCGAAUCUCGCAGCAGAUGGACAGCGUGACUCCCUGCAGGCUCCGACUGAGGGUCAAAUUCUUCGUCGAGCCACAUUUAAUACUACAAGAGCAGACAAGGCACUUGUUCUUCAUGCAUGUUAAAGAGGAUCUGCACCGCGGUCACCUGCGCAUGUGCUCGGAGCAGGCCGAGGAGCUCAGCUCCCUCUUGGCCCAGGCAGAGUUCGGUGACUACAACCAGAACACGGCCAAAUACUGGUACACCGAACUGUGUGGGAAAGACCCCGACCAGGAGACGGUUAACAGUAUCAUAGCCAAGCACAAGGCUCUAGAGGGGCUGAGCCAGGGCUCGGUGGAGUAUCAGGCCCUACAGCUGGUGGCAUCCCUGGAGCACUACGGCGUAGAGUGGCACUGGGUGCGGGACGCAGAGGGCCAGAGGCUGGCGGUCGGUGUGGGACCUGACGGCAUCGCCGUCUGCAGGGACGACUUCAGCCUGGUCAACAGGAUUUCUUAUCCUUUAAUCCAAAUCGCCACUCAGUCAGGGAAGAGCGUGUACCUGACCGUGACCAAGGAAAGCAGCGACAGCGUGGUCCUGCUCUUCAAGCUGAUCAGUAACCGAGCGGCUAGCGGGCUGUACCGGGCCAUCACCGAGACGCACGCUUUCUACAGAUGUGACACCGUAACGAAUGCGGUCAUGAUGCAGUACAGCCGUGACUUCAAGGGUCACCUGGCUUCACUUUUCCUCAAUGAGAACAUCAACCUGGGGAAGAAGUACGUCUUUGACAUCCGCCGGACGUCCAAAGAGGUGUACGACUAUGCCAGACGUGCUCUGUACAACGCCGGCAUUGUGGACCUCAUGUCUCGGUCCGGCACACGGUCUCCGUCCUCCCGCUCACCCUGGCACGGAGAGGAAGGUUUGCUAGAGUGUGGAGGUUGUCAGCAGAACCGGUUGCUGCAGGAGAAACUGCAGAAGCUGCGCGAGGCCUUCCUGUGCAUGCUGUGCUGCGAGGAAGAGAUCGACGCCGCCUUCUGCCCCUGCGGACAUACGGUGUGCUGCCAGAACUGUGCUACACAACUCCAGUCGUGUCCUGUGUGCCGCUCUGAGGUAGAACACAUCCAGCACGUCUACCUGCCCACCUGCACCAGUCUGCUGAACCUGACAGUGGGGAGCAGCAGCAGCAGCAGUCCUGCGCCUAUCCGCCGCUCCAUGGCGCCACACACCUGCAGCAGCACUCAUUACUGCAGCGACGACAAACUCUGCCAGACCUAAACCUCCAAUCCACAUCGCAGUUAUUCACGACUCUCACCUCCACCUCCACCUUCUCCCAUGAACAUUUUCUAAAAUCAGUUUUCUGUCUUCAUCUUUGAGUGAAUCAGUUGAUCUGAAACGUCCUUUUUUUUUUAUUUUUAUUUUUUUUUAAAUCUGUAUUAUUCUAACGUGUAUUCUAUCAUAGCCUUCAGUUUUAUUUUAGAAACUUGAUGUCUCUUGAUGCGUUUUUUUUUUCUUUCUUUCUUCUCCUCCUAUUUAAUUGCAUUUUAUACGUUUGGUUUUUAUUACAGGAUUUCCACUUUCGAUCGUAUUGAUUUAUUUGCAGUGGAAUUGUGUGCAGUAUUUUGUGUGUAUGAUGCCAGUCUCGCUUUCUUUUUUUAUGAUGAAGGUUACAGGAAUGUUUCAUUUGUGUGGAUUUUAUUGCUCACAGAUUCAUAAAUCCUCCAGGCGGCGAGUAUAUACACGUGUAAUACACGACUUCGCCGACUAGACGUCCCUCGUAUGCAAAUAAAUUAUCCGGUGCGAUUGUAGCCUUUAUUUUUUUAUUUUGUGGGACGUAUACAAAAUAGUAAAAUAUUGACACCGUCACUUUACCGAGGAGGUUUAAAGCUCCGAGGCCUUAACGUAGCAGUAACACAAUGUGUUUGUUAUGCAUAUUCUUUCUUUGCACAGACUUUUGUCGUUUUAAAAAAAAAACAAAAAAAAUGAAGAGGAAUUUUAUUUUCUUUAUUCCUGACACGGUCACUGCAGGGGCAAUUUUUUUCACUUUCUAUAAAUAGAUUUUGUUUCUGUUUGUUUGAAGCAAAAGCUAUGCUCUGUACUUGUAGAGUCUUUUUUAUAUUUACUUGAAAAAGAGGUAUUAAUAAAGUUGUGAUUUUUAAACAUUAA